AUGGGCUGCUGGUACACUCGCAAAGAAAUGGCGCUUCGAUGUGCCAUUCUAUACACAGGUCAAACCCUUGCUUUCUGCGUGGCUGGAUUGAUUGCCGCAGCUAUCUUCGGCACGUUGGAAGGCGCUCACGGACUAGCGGGCUGGCAAUGGCUCUUCAUAGUGCUCGCUGUGACUGGUGCCGGGCUUGCUCUGAUUGCGCUCUUCGUCCUGCCCGAUUAUCCCGAUUCAACAACUGGCAGUGCGCGCUGGUCCAUGACGGAAGAUAUGCGCAAGGUUGCUGCAGCAAGAAUUCUGGCAGAUCGCGUUUCAACGUCUGAAGGCAAAGCUGGCGUGCUUCAAGGCCUGAAGUUGAGCGUCUUCGACUACAAGAUGUGGUUGCUCGUUGGCAUGAACAUCGGCAUCUCCGCAGCAUACGGAUUCUCCAACUUCUUCCCCUCUAUUGUCCGCGGUUUUGGAUACAACAACACGAUAACAUUGGUAUUGACAGCACCUCCAUACAUCUUCGCUGCCCUCGGUUCACUGGUUAACGCCUGGCACUCCGACAAGACAAAAGAGCGUGGUUACCAUUUCGCUGGCCCCAUUGCUUUUGGAUGCAUCGGAUAUAUCAUCUGCCUUGCUACCGAAAAUCGCAACGCGCGGUAUGCUGCAUCAUUCAUCUACGUUGGCGGCAUGUAUUUCUCGAACCCACUUAUCAGUACAUGGACCUCUAACACUAUGGGACGAACGCCAGAGAAACGGGCUGUGUCUGUCGCAAUGGUCAAUGUACUGGGUCAGGUUGGGAACAUUAUUGCACCCUAUUUCUUUGUUGAGUCUGACGAGCCUCGUUAUCGCUUGGCCUUCAUCUUGAUGAUGGUCAUGGCCAUGAUUGCUUGUAUAAGUGCAAUGGGUCUUAAGUUAUAUCUGUAUCGGGCUAACAAGAGGCUUUAUCGCAAAGCUACCCAGGAUGGGCAUGCGUACCAACCGUUUGUGUACAUCGGUUACAAACUUAAGGACGCGGUGCAAGCGAAGGAUGUCAUCUAUUGA